AUGGUCCCGAUUUUUCUACUUUUCAUCGCUUUUUUAUCGAUUUUUCCGGAAGGUAAAUUUUUGGUUGAAAGUUCUACGUGAUAAAUUUUAGACCUAAUAUGGUCCUAAAUAUCCAGAAAAAUGCCACAGGGUCCAAAAAACCCGAAAAAUCCAAAUUUCCAGAUCUAAACGCUCAAAAAUGUGCCGAAAAACUAUAUCCGGGAGCAUUUCGAAAUCAAGUUUGUGUUUGUAACUCAACAUUUUGCGAUCAAAUUGAACCUGUAGGAAAUGAGAUUCCGGAAGGAGAAAUUGUGGUUUAUCGAUCGAGUUUGGAAGGAGAUAGAAUGAAUCGAUUUGUAAUCAAAUUUGGAGAUAUUCCUGAAUUUAAAGGUGAGUUUUUAGUUGAAUUUUGGAAAAUUUGACGAAUUUUCGAUCAAGUUUUUGAAAAACUUUGCCUUGUCAUAACUCGAAAAAUAACAAAGACUAUCUCAAAUUCCACGUCAUAGCUCAUAUUCUCACUUUUUCAGUCAACACCACAAUUCUCAUCGACGCUUCGCAAAAAUAUCAAAAAAUCAUGGGAUUCGGCGGCGCGUUCACAGAUUCGGCAGGCGAAAAUCUGGCCGCCAUUCCGCAAGCCCUUCAAGAUCAAAUCUUACGAGCCUAUUUCGGCCCUAACGGCCUGGAAUACAAUUUGGGCCGAGUUCCGAUUGCGAGUUGUGAUUUUUCGACGCAUGAAUAUAGUUAUGAUGAUUCGAAGGAGGAUUACGAGUUGAAGGCUUUCAAAUUAGCCAGGGAGGAUUUGGAGCUGAAGGUGAGCCUGGAAAAUCCACGUGGCAAAAAUUUGAAUUCUGAAAUUAAUACGUCAAAAAUGCUACGUGGAAAACUCUUUUGUUCAAUUUUUCUGGCUGUCUAGCUUCUCUGCGUCUCUAACUCGUAUUCUGAGUUUCUAGUUUUUUCAAACGAUGCGUCUCGUUUACGCACUCAAAAUUCAUGAAUUUUCAAGCAAUUUUCAAACGACACUCCGCAUUUACAGAUUCCCUUUAUCCUGCGUGCCAAAACUCUGGCUCCAAAUCUCCAACUCUUCGCGUCACCCUGGUCCGCACCAGGUUGGAUGAAAACGACCGGAAAAAUGCAGGGAGGCGGAAGCUUGCGGAAUUCCACAAAAAUCUACGCGAGUUACGCGAACUACUUCGUAAUGUUCUUCGAAGAAUAUCAAAAACGCCACGUAGAUUUUUGGGGAGUGACAAUUCAAAAUGAACCGAGCACUGGAGCCGAUUUGCAGUGGAGAUGGCAGGGUAUGAAUUUCACCGGCGAGACGAUGCGCGAUUUUUUGAGAGACUAUUUGGGACCGGUUUUGAAAAAAUCUGAGGUGACACGCGAUUUGAAAGUGAUGAUUUUGGAUGAUGGAAGAGGAUUAUUGCCAGGUUGGGCGGAUUCUGUAAGUUUUUUUUGGCUGAAAAUCGAGUUUCUAAUGAAAUUUGGAUUAUUUUGACAUCCCACAAGCCUAGGACGAAGGGAAAAAAUCCAGGUGGAAAUGCGGAGUGUCGUUUUUCUCAACAUUUCAAAAAUUGAUAAAUUGUGAUGGUUCAAACGAUGCUCCACUUUUACGAGCUCGAAAUUCAUGAAAAUUAUUAUUUUCAAACGACAAUCCGCGUUCACACCAUCAAAAAUUGUGGAAUUUCGAUAGAAAUUUGUAUUCCCAUUUUUCAGACCUUCAACGAUUCGAUCGCAACUCAAUUCGCUGAUGGUAUAGCUGUUCACUGGUACGGUAAUCUCUAUUCGCCACCAAUUUUGCUGGAUAUCACCCAAAAACGGCAUCCGGACAAGUUCAUUUUGGCCACUGAAGCUUGCACGGGAUAUUUUGGACAUCGUGGUCCGAUUUUUGGCGAUUGGUUCCGCGCUGAAUCGUAUGCUGAUGAUAUUCUGACGGUAUGCUUCUGAGAAUAAUCUGGGCUCAUUUGAGCUCAAAAAAUGCGGAAUUUUGAGCUCUGAAAAUCCACAUGGCAUUUUUAAUCUGAAAUUUUCAAAUCCGGUCUUAUUUAGCCUCGAAAAAUCUGCACUUUUAAGCUCUGAAAAUCCUCGUGGCAUAUUUAAUCUGAAAUUUUCAAAACCGGUCUCAUCUAGCCUCGAAAAAUCUGAAAUUUUGAGCUCUGAAAAUUUUUAUAUUUAUAAAUUUUUGAGCCUAGGAUUGUUCCGGCUCAAAUAAGCCUAAGUUUCCGGGCCUAGGCUCAUCUAUUCUCAAAAAUUCCCAAAUUUUUGCAGGAUUUGAAUCAUUGGGUGACCGGUUGGGUGGAUUGGAAUUUGGUGUUGGACGAGGCUGGCGGUCCGAAUUGGGUGCUGAAUUUGGUGGAUGCGCCGAUCAUUGUGAAUCGAACGGCCGGCGAGUUCUAUAAGCAACCGAUGUUUUAUGCAAUGGCACAUUUCAGGUGAGAUUUGGCGGUGUUUUUAGAAACCAAAUAUGAUCUUGCGCUAAAAAUCCACGUGUUUUAUCGCUAAACGUGGCUAAAAAAUCGAUUUUUCUGAAACCCUUUAUCAUGUUUGAUGUCAAAAAUCGGAAUUUUCCUGAAAAAUUCAAAUUUUGCCACGUCGAGUCCUGUAUGACUCCAGGAAUUCCAAAAUUUCCAGCAAAUUCUUCCCGCGCAACUCGACCCGAAUCGACACCAAAAUCAAAGGUUCCCAAUUCAUCACAGCCACCUCGGUAUCAAUUUCGGGCGGUCGGCGAGCUACAGUAAUCCUGAAUCGUGGCAAUUCGAGUGUUUCCACGCGUAUUUCGGAUGUUGGAACGAAACAAAGUGCUCUGAUUGAAAUUGCACCGAGAAGUAUUCAUACUUUGUUGUGGGAUAAGAAGAAAUCGAGAAAAAUCCGGAAAAAUUGA